ACAUACAUAACCUGAACAAGCAACAGAAAACUGUACUUAUUGACUUAAUAAUUGUUGCCUUGAAUAGAUGAAGUGCUGGCUCAUUUGCUUGACCUGCAGGGAGACAGUGUAUGUCACUUUUGAUAAUUGUCUGCAGCAGAAUACCCAGAUUCUACUGAAAAUUACAUAGCAAAAGAAAUAUGUUACUGAAAAAUCCCCGACUGAAAUUGGUAAAAGAAAAUGACAGAGACUCCUCAUUAUAGUUUUUGGAGAGAAAGUGUCGGCAUUGAAGUUGCUUAUCUCACACCAUGCUUUCUUGAGAAAAAAGCAUUUUGUCUUUGCUAUCAUUCCCAUCAUUCCUAUCAAUGUUAUUAAGUUGCCUACAUGCCUAGAAGCAUAUCUAGAAGGAAGGAUAUAGUUUUUUUAGGAUCUGCCUAUGACUACUGAAUAGUUUACUUUACCAGAGACACUACGGCCUAUCACUGAAUGGACUUCCGACAAUUUCUUGGAGUUGAAUGAUAAAGACCUGAAAUCAUUUUUUGCAAGAAAUUUAUCCCACUAUUCACAAUUUUCCGUAAUUUGGUAUCCCAUAAUGACGAAGAAUAGCACUCAUAAGUAAUGGCUUCUCAGCUUAAAUACUUGAAAGAACUUUAUAGUAUAGUCUCAAAAGUGUUAGUUGAUUGGGUAUGAUACUACUUCUAGAAAUCAAGUUAAGACACCUGCAUACUUGCUUAUUGUUGGGUGCAUUUAUUAUAAAUCUUAGACUGGAUCUAAAAAGCAUCAAUUGAUAAAAUGCUUGGAAGGCUUAAGAUGUCAUAUCCAUCUUCAAAUCAAGGCAUCAUAGUCUUUGUGUACUUGUAUCACAUGCAGAUGACUUAUAAUCUAUGAGGUAUUUUAUACUGCUUCUCAGGACAAUGUUGGUGGGUAUAUGGUUGCAUUUGCUGGUCGAAAGUAUGCUGCAAGGUCUCUCCCUGCAUUUGUUGCAAAUAAUACCUUCACUGUAACCAGCUUUACCCUUGUCCUGGAGUUUAAGAAGGGCAGGCUGCAAAACUUAUACUGGAAAAGGGAUGGGUGUGCUAAAUGUUCGGGAAGCUCUAGCUUCGUCUGCCUUAACAAUCAGGACUGUGCAAUCAGAACAUCGCAAUGUAAAAAUCAUGGAGGAUCUGUUGACUGUAGCCUUGGGAUUCAGUUGGCUUUCUCCGGCACAGACAAGCACUUCUCUGCACUGAACUCGUGGUACGAGGUGGAGAAUCUUCGCCAAUACUCGCUUUAUAACCUCUAUUCAAACCUUAAAGAUUCUCUCACUAGCCAAUUUAACAGUAUCUUUUGAUCAUGCUUCUCAUAGUUUGUACAUGUUUUUUUUCCUGAUGUUAUGGUUUUCCUCUUUUUGUACCAUUUUAUCUAUACGGAUGUCCUUCUGUGUCUGUAUUCCUAAGGAUGCUUAUUUAGAUUUGAGUGUUGGUGUGUAAAUUUAUACUUCAGAUUUUUAAAAAUAUGACACGAAA